ACAUGUGAUGAUUAUCAAAUUCUUUUACUUUCCACGCAUCACGAUCCACAUGUUUCGCUCACCUCAUUAUCUUUCAGAAAUGAAUUCUGGAUUGUUUCAGAAAUGUCAAUAAAAAACGUUUAGAGCGUAAUUGUUUCAUUUUCGUCGCUUGUCCGUCGCAGCAGAAUAUUCCGUAUUGUGUGAUGGCUAUAACUUUUAAUACUAACACGGCAAAGCUAACAUACCACCCUUCUCUACAUCUUUGGUACGGGUGUUGCCCAUCUCAAUAAUUACAGCUGUACAAAAAUAUAUUUGCAAUAAUUCCUGACGUUGCAUAAUUUUAUUGUAAAAGUGCCCGUAGUCAGUACUUACGUGGGGGCAUAUCAGUCUGUUUAUAACUAGGUUAGGUACAGACAUAGACACAUUUAUUUGCCGUACUUGUACAGUUACAUAAUUUGCUUUUGCGAAAUCAGUAGGGUAUUGAUAGGAAAUAUUUAAUAUUCACAGUUCUGUACGCUAUUGUUAUGUUCAGUCCAAAGACUGAAGUAGUACAGCAGUCUUGGCUAAACUGGCCUGUAGAAUUCUCUUUAUGUCGGUUUAAUUACUGCAGCCCACAUCAACAUGAGUCUGCUUAAUGUAACGGAGACUUGGGCUCCUACAAUUUUUUAACCCUUCACAUCGUCUCCACGACCCCACAAUUACCAAUUUAAUUUUUCCUUGAUGCAUCAGUGUGUAUGUUAUCAACCAAUCCUUUUAAAAAUAAAAUUAACCCCAUUGCUGAGUUGGUUUUUCCAGCAAUUUCGCCCCCUGUUCUUGUCUUGUUGGCAAGUGCUUCAUCUGUAAUGAUCUUGAUAUCAGUUUGUAGCCAGGCUUCAAGAAGCAGUUAAUCCUUGUUUGUAUUAAAAGGAUUACAGUCACUAAAAUGAUAGCAAUAUAUUUUUGUUCCAAAGUGUCAAGUGCAUUAGGCACUGUGUACAAGAGCAGCAAAACUGAAUGCUGCCAUUUGUGAACUACAAAACGGACAUUAUCAAAACAGUGUAACCUUGACUGAGGCUCAAACGACUAUGUAAUCAAAAUGUACUGGAAGGAAAUACAAAAGGAGUACAGACUGAAAUAACAAGUCAUAAGUAAUUUUUUUUAUACCCUGCACUGUUGGGAGGAUUCAAACAAGAAAGAAGUGAAUGGUUCAAGGUACCAAUGACUACAGCACUGUCUCCAAGUACUCAAUGGUUAAACAAGGCUACUUUAAUGAUGAAUUCAUAUCAGAAUUUGUAUCGAAUUCAAAAUACAGCAGAAGAGCUCCAAUCAUUCACAUGGGCUAUUACGCAAGAGCUGAAAUAAUUGAAGCCAUUUUGACACAGUUUAUGAGACAUGUGGGGAACUCUCAUAUACAAAUCAUCUCCUGUGGAGCUGGUUAUGAUACAACAUACUUUAGGCUUAAGAAGAACUUGCAAGAAGAGUUCAGUCUUACCUAUUAUGAAGUUGACUUCGUUGAAGUUAUUUCUCGCAAAACUGAGUGUAUUAGAAGAUCAAAAAUCCUCAGCAGUAUUCUUGGAUUAUCUAACGAUGUAAACUCUUGUACAACUGGUAUUCAUUCACAAGGAUACCAUUUGGUUGGAGGUGACCUGCGCUGCCAGAAUGAUAUUGAAAGUGUUCUGUCAAGCGCUGGCAUAUCAUGGGCUGCACCUACAUUGCUUUUGGCAGAAUGCUCCAUAACUUACAUGGAUGAAUCAAGCUCAACUAAAUUUAUAGAAUGGGCAUCUACCAAGUUUCCUCAUGCAACAUUUGUCACCUUUGAACAAAUAUGUCCAGAUGAUGGAUUUGGGCAUGUGAUGAAACAUCAUUUUGAAUCUCUGGGCAGUCCAUUAUUGUCACUGGAUAAAUAUCCAGAUUUUGACUUGCAAAUCAGACGAUAUAAAGAACACGGUUGGAGUGCAUGUGCAUCCAUGUCUGCGUAUGAGGCCUUAAAGCUUCUCACAGAGGAAGGCAAAGUGAAUAAUGUUGUGAGACUGGAACCAUUUGAUGAAUUUGAAAGUUGGCAUCUUAUGUGCUGCCAUUAUACUUUGACCAUAGCAUCCAAAGGGGUGCUGGAGAAUUGGUUCAGUGAUGAUAGGAAAAAAGAAAGCAUUAACAUGUCACAAAAUUUACUCCGUUAUUCUGAAGACAAUGACCUCCAUUGGUCUGUGUUACCUGUCCAGGGGCAGAUACCAGAACGAUUUGGUCAUGCUAGUGGAAGACUGGACGAACAUCGCAUAGCGCUAGUGGGUGGCUUCGGAAAGAGUUACAGUCAAGAACACAGCAGGCUCAGUGAAAUUAGUAUUGUUAAUACUACGGAUUUUACAGUUCAGCAUGUCACUCUUCAUUCUCCUCUUCCAAAAGGAGAUUCGUCACUGGCUGCUAUGCAUUCAACUUGCAUACCACUUCAUAAUGGGAGGCUUUUAAUAAUUGGUGGGCGCACUUCACCUACACGACCAGUGAACACAAAACCAGUAAUCCUGUCUGUGUGGAAUAAGGAUGUGGAAGUUCUUGAUCUAAUUGGACCAUGUCCACGUUGGAGACAUACAGCAACACUCAUUGGCAGUGAGUCCACCACCCAGUUGAUUUUGCUCUUUGGUGGAAGAACUUCAAAUCUGAUUGUCCUGAAUGAUUUGUGGCAACUAAGUAUUCAGCAAAGGAUAUUCAGCCAGAUUAGCAACGUGAGUAAAAACUGGCCAUUUGCCCGGUUUUCUCAUAGUGCAGUAGCUCUAAUGAGAUGUUCAUUGAUAAUCACUGGGGGUCUGAAUGAGAUCUUGCAGCCACUAAGGGACAUGUGGAUAUAUGAUACUGAAGAGGGCUCCUGGAAAGAGGUACAUGUAAAAGGACCACAAAUGUUACCACGAUACAGUCACACAUCAGCAGUAACUAGUGAUAACAAGUUUCUUAUAUUGCUUGGAGGGGUUAACACACAUACGACCCAUCAACCUGGAGUGUGUGUUAUCAAUUUACUGGAAAGAAAAUGCUACGAAUAUGCCUUACCAAACCAGGAUCCAGACAGGCCAAUAAUGUUACACAACCAUACAUCAGAAUUGAUAGAGGAUUCAAGAUUUCUAGUGUUUGGUGGUGGCGAUAAUUGUUUCUCAUUUGGCACAAGCUUUAACCCUGGUAUCAUUAACAUGGAGAUAUGUCAUUUGCUCCAUUGAGAUAAUUUUACAUAAAAUACAGACAGGAAUUAAAAUGGCCAAAUGAACUAACAACAGUGUGAUUUAUAUUUUUACAUACUUUAUAUUUUUAUAUUAUUUUAAUGAGAAGUAUACCUUCACAAUUAU